GUGGAAGCGAGUGUAGAGUUCAUUGGAGUUCAAUGGCUGCUGAGGAGGGGAUGGUGUGUCGCAUCUGUCACUGCGGCGAAAGCGAUUGCGACGACUCCCCUUUGAUCACGCCGUGCCUGUGCUCGGGUUCCCUGCGCUACGUCCACCACUACUGUCUGCAACAGUGGAUCCGGAGCUCGAGCCACAGGAACUGCGAGCUCUGCAAAUUCCAUUUCAAACUUGUGGUCAAAAACAAACCGCUGCACAAAUGGGAGUCGCUGGACAUGACGGCUGGCGAGCGGCGGAAACUGGUCUUCAAUCUCCUUUUUAACGCCAUUUCCAUGUUUUGCGUGUUUUGGUCGAUAUAUGUGUUGAUCGAGAGGGCGACGGCCGAAGCGCGCCACGGCUUGUUGGACUGGCCCUUCUGGACCAAGAUGCUGGCACGUGUGGUGACGAUCGGGCUGUUCGGCGGCAUCGUGUUCCUAUUGGUGCAAAUCCGAGUGUACGUGUCGAUCGCGUUGCGCUGGAAACGCUACAACCGCGUCAUCCUCAUCGAGAACGCGAUCGCAACAAUCAGUUGA